GAGCGGCGCGCGGACCGUCGAGAGAGUGUCACAAUCGCGUUCGAGUGCGUGCGGGAGACAGUGGAGAACAAUGGUCGCGCGCCGGGGUGAUUUACCGUUUCUCGCUGCCGUUACCGUCGCCGUCGCCGUCGCCGAGGGUGGCCGCGCUCUCUAAGGAUCUCGGUGCGUUUCGCGCGAGCGUGUGCGGGGCUCCGGAGGAAGAGUCGUUCUCCCCCGCUCCCUCUCCUCCCCCUUUCUCUCCCUCCUGGUGCGUGGAAACGCGCGACAGAAUGCUCGAUUCUCUCCCCGCGGACGUAUGCACCGGGACUGGAUGUAAUACACCGUGAGUUACCGCGCUCUCCGCUUCCACCGUGGUUUGGUACACGCCUCCUUCCUCGGGCAUGUCAGCGCGCUGAGAGCCAAAAUGGCAGCCACGUUAACCGCCGAGCAGGAGCAAGCUACGAAGGAAUUUAUAGAAGCUGUGAAUAAGUGUAGAGCCGGUAGACGAGCUGGGCCAGUAUCCUGGAGCACGGCAGUCAAGUUUCUAGCGGCACGGAAGUUUGAGGUUCAACGAGCUUUAGCUCUAUACGAGCAGCACGAGGCCACCAGAAGAAGAGAGGGAUUGGCGGUUCUGUAUCCCACUCAGGAGCCUCUACUCAGCGAACUGUACACAGGAAAAUUUACUGUCCUGCCAUCAAGAGACGCAACAGGUGCAGCGAUAGCUAUUUUCACAGCGCAUUUGCAUCUUCCACAAAAUACCACGCAUCAAACAACUUUGCAAGGUGUUGUAUAUCAAUUAGAUGCUGCCUUGGAAAGUGCAGAAACGCAGAAACAUGGACUAGUUUUUAUUUAUGACAUGUCCGACAGCAAGUAUCAGAAUUUUGACUAUGAUCUGUCUCAGAAAAUUCUGACACUUCUAAAGGGUGGCUAUCCAGCAAAAUUAAAGAAGGUCUUGAUAGUGACAGCACCUUUGUGGUUCAAAGCACCCUUCAAGAUCCUCCGAUUAUUCGUGCGUGAAAAACUGAGGGACCGAGUGUUCACAGUGUCCAUCCCUCAGCUGACGUUACAUAUUCCACGAGAAUCAUUACCACAUCGUUUAGGCGGCACGUUGGAAAUACAGCAUGAAGCAUGGCUACUGCAUUGUCUUAAAUCUAUGACGAACCGAGGCGGAGGUGAAUUGUGCGAGGUUACUCCAAGAGUAGGUACACCUAUGUCGCCCACUGCGAAUGAUAAUACGGUUCAUCAAAAUCCAAAUGGAACUACUACGCAUAGUAGUUCGACUAGUCCUAUCAUCGAUAAGAACAAACAGGUGAAAAAUGGUGUGUCGAAUAUCGGCGACAUCGAGAUCACCACCGCGAAUUCUGACGCUUGGAUGGGAACCGAUGAGGCGCCAUCCCCAGUUCAGCCUCCAUCCUCGGCUAGUUCUGGUUUUAGUGACGACGACAGUCUUCACGGCGAUCCUGGACUUCAGGCUGUUACUAUGGAGCAAUUUAUAGCGGAUAUACACCAGCGAGGCCGCGCUGGUCUUAUAGCAGAAUACACGGAAAUUAGACAGAGACCACCGGAUGGUUCAUUUAAUAAUGCAAAGUUAAGGUCUAAUCAAUCAAAGAAUCGCUACACCGAUGUGCUUUGUUACGAUCACAGCAGAGUCUGCCUUUCACAAAUAGACGGAGAUGCAACGUCCGAUUACAUAAAUGCGAAUUUCGUCGACGGUUACAAGCAGAAGAAUGCAUUUAUCAGUACUCAGGGUCCUCUUCCGAAAACCUGCGGUGAUUUUUGGAGGAUGGUUUGGGAACAGCAAACGCUAGUCAUCGUCAUGACUACGAGAGUGGUGGAAAGAGGACGUACAAAGUGUGCACAGUAUUGGGGUCCAGAACCAGGUGAUGAAGUACAAGCGGGUGGCUUCACCGUGAGCACCCUCGAAGUUGAUACCAAUCCAGAUUAUACAAUAUCCAUGCUUCUCCUUACAAAUAAUAAGACUGAUGAGACGAGAGAGGUUUGCCAUAUGCUGUACACAGUGUGGCCAGAUUACGGUGUUCCUCAGUCGGCUAAAGCUUUACUACAGUUUUUGGGCUUAGUCAGGCAACAGCAGAGCAAAUUACUCGCUAGCAGAGGGGACACGUGGGCUGGACAUCCUCGAGGACCACCUAUAGUUGUACAUUGCAGCGCUGGUAUUGGAAGAACAGGUACAUUUUGCACUUUGGACAUUUGCAUAUCGCGACUAGAGGACACUGGUACAGUAGAUAUACGAGGAACUGUCGAGAAAAUCAGAGCACAGAGGGCCUAUAGUAUUCAAAUGCCAGAUCAGUACGUCUUUUGCCAUCGUGCUUUGGCGGAAUACGCGCUUUCCAAAGGGAUGCUCAGUGCGCAGCAUCUCUCCAUGUUACCUCCACCGAUCGAAGAGGAUUCUGACUAAAUGAGUAACGAACGAGUUCUGCUAUCAUAUACUGGAUUGAUGUUCUUCCCGAGUAUGCGUAUAUUAUAUAUUAUCCUUAAAAUAGCCUAUUUCUACUUUAAACGACUGAAAGUUAUUUUUUGGUAUUGUAUCCAUCGAUGUAACGAUUGAACUUCUCAUUAUUACGUUAGUCUUAAAUUUCCUAUGAAGUUGUGUUGGUCUUUUUUUCAUUACCAAAUUAGCGAACAGGAUAUUUUAUAUGCCUGUUCUUCGUGCUCUGAAAUUCUAUAUAAAAGUGCAUUAAAAGGCACCGAUCAAAGAUACAUAUUUUACUAAUAUAAAAAUCUGGCACAUUUUUUAUAGAUCAUAUUUUAACUCUCUCAAAUGUAAGUUAUAACUUAAAUCCUAAAAUUUUAAUUCAUGACGUUCUUAAAUUAUUAAGAAAUGUGAAAUGUAAUUUUUAAUCAUAUUUAAUUGCAAUAUAGUCAAAAUGUAUUUAUUAAAUCUAUAAUUAAUUUUCUAUAAUUGAAGAAUUAUAAUUAUUGAUUUCUGUAACAAUACGUAUGAAAAUGUAUGCAUGAGGGAUUAUAAACGAUUUGAGAGAGUUGAAUUGCUGAUCUUGAAAAGAGAAGGAAUCAUUAUAUAUAUUUGAAAUAUAUGAAAAAUAUAAAUGUGAUUAUAUACAUUGUAUAGUUCACAAAUUAUUACAAAUGUGGUUUGACAGUGGCCAUGAUAUAGUCACAAUUAUUUAAGAUUUUGAAAUUUAGAAAUAUUACGUACGAUACAAAAAACGGCUUCUGCCUUACGGAAAUGUAGAUUAUUCUAGAAAGUAAUCAACAUAUUGAUAGAUGUUUUUGGGUAACCAAAGAUUAUCUGCUGCACAAAUUUAGAGAACCGAAAUUUUUAAAUGUACGUAAAAUUUGGUUAUAUAUACAAUCGCGCGGGAAAAAGAAAUUCCGUUUUACAGGGAUUUAUAAUCAGGGAUCAUACUGUAGAUUAAAUAAUUUCCGACGCGACUAAAAAAAAAAAGAAAAGAAAAUGAAGCCUAACAAGUACAAGGCUUUAAAAAUUAAAUUAAGCCUUUACUUUAGUCGAAUAAACUUCGAAUUGACACCUGAUAAUUAUAUGUAUGCAUAUACAUAUUUGUCUAUAAACAUAUAUGUAUAUGGAUAAUUAUACAUAUACAUAUAUAUAUAUAUAUAUACGCUUCAUUAUAAAAAUCGUAACGAUUAAAAAUCGUAUAUACUUGCAAGCAUCAAACGUUUAAAAACAUUUAAAAAUCUAGGUAUAAAACAAAUUUUAAUUAACAUAUGAUGACUAUAAAUAAAAUUUACCUUCAACGGAUAUUGUAAUUUAUUAAUAAUUUUUUAAAAAAUGCAACUGAAUACAAGUAAAAGUUUAGAGAUGUUCUAGAUGAUACGCAAAGUAAAUACAAAUUGAUUUUGUACGCAAUUGUAAAAUAAUUAUUUUUUAAAUAUAUCUCACAAGGUAUUGCGCGAGAGGCGUAUCUUUAAUUCUGUGCAACAUUUGAUAAUAUUAAAAAAUGAAACGCGAGAAUUCCAAAUAAUGCUGCUUUCGAAGUUUCUUGAUUGGUUUUUGAUUAUUAUGAUUGUAACUUUCGAUUCUGAUUAUAAACCUUAAGUGUUUACACGUAAUCUUGGGUAAAACAUUGUAUUCAAUUUGUGUUAUUUGUAUCCAAUAAGUACUCGAAUCGUUUAUCCGUUGAAUGUGUACGGGACCUCUGCAAGAAAACUGCAAUGUAUGUGACGAGUCUUCUUGCACUGGUCGCUCGAUGUGAUGAAUUAUGAAUUUUAUUGGGCUAUUAUGAUAUUAAUAUUGUAAAGCAUUGUGAUAGUCAGUAGUCUCCGGAAAUUCGUAUUCUCUAUUCUUCCAAGUACUGCCAUUGCCAACUACGCUAUUUUCUAUUUCUAAUCACGCUGAGCUAAAUUUUUCGCGGCAUAAUCACAGUACGGCUAGACUGCCGUACACACAUAUAUAUAUAUAUACAUACAUAUAAAUAUACUAACUGAUUUGUAAUAAUUUAUUAAUAUUGAGUUAGGAUAUGAUAUAUAUAGUGACAUAAUUAUUGGUAUCGGAGCGAUAAACAUGUAUAGGAUCCCUUGAUUAGGAUUUUUCUGUUUUUACGUACAAGAUAUUUGGAAAACAUGUUUUAACGCGUCGCAACGAAAAAUGUUUGCGGGAAACUAAUUGCGGGCGUACGUUAGUUUACUGCAAAGUCUUCCGAUGUAAGCGUUUCGUAAAACGAAUUUCCAAACAUCCUGUGUAAUUCAAUGGUUUCACGCAGAGCGUCGUAAGAUUUUAUUUCGGCAGGACGGUAAUGAGCAAACUGUUAAAGACGUUUUCGAAUUUUAUACGAAACGCAUACGCGCUGUUCUACCGCAAGAAAGUUUAGUCACGUUUUUAAAUAAGUUAACGAUAUUCUUGGAUGUAAUAUUUAUAUAAGUUCCUCCUACCCUUAGGUUACCUACAAAGGGCAUAUUACCGAUAUUGAUUAUCGUUUAUCAUGUUACAUUACGUUUAUGUAAUCUAUUAAUAAUCAACAUUAACCUUUUUGUAUUUAUCUUAGCUAUUUAUUGUAUCGAUUGAUUUAAAUCUCCUUGUGAUGUGUAUACGCACAUAAUUAUCAUGUAUUUCUCAAUCUCCACUCUUAACAGUGGCAUUCAUUUAGCGUUUUUUCAUCUGUAUUUUCGGAGAGGUUUCUUUUGUAGAAAAAAAAUGGAAAUUCAAAUUGACUGUCUUGAUCAAGUGCGAAUGUACAGUGCGAUUUUAUAGCUACUUUUGCGUGUGCCUCUUGCAUCAUAAUGUGUUAACGACGGAUCAAACGCCCGUACGUCAAUGAAAGUCGUCAGGACGAGUACCAAAGUUUCUCGUAACGGACUCACCGACGGAACAAUUUAAUUAACGCGGAAUAAAACAAGUGUAAUUGUACUGUAAUACGCGAACGCAUUUGAGUGCGUGUGUUAAGCUUUGGAACUGAGGGUAGGUAGUUUAAAAUAAUCGACUCAACAGUAUUAUACCUCAUUAAAUGUUCGCGAUUCUUCUCGCCAAAUCGAUUUUCUUUCGCCGGCGUAAGUAGCGUCGGAUAGUUGGGAUUUAUCCGUCCACCUUUCCAUACGUAUUCAAGGUUUCUUUCUCAUCCGAAGGGAAAUUUUGAACACGUAUGCAAAUGAUAGAUGAUUUGAACGAGAAUUAAAAUGAUGCUAUUUAGUAUCUGACAUCACGAUGAGGUCUGACCGAAAGAAAUGUAUCAGGGAGAGAAUACAAGAGAAAUCAUACGCUAUGACACAGUGGACUGUAACUCUCAAACUUCCGAUAUACUUUCAUUCCUUCAACGCGUUUUAAGUUGCGAACUUGUACCAUUGUUGCUAUUGUCUUGCGAUUCGUUUCGGUAAUUUGCACCUGUAACGUACUCGCUAUUUGUAGACCUUGAAGAUUUGUCACCGAUGUUAUACGUCUCUAUAUCGAGAUAUUGAUGAAGGUUAAUAUAAUCGACUAAUUAUUUAAUGCGAUAGACACCCACUUUUGUAUUGACAAUUAAUGCGAUAUUGGAGAAGCGAUGCGCAAUGCAAAGAAAAAGCCAAUGUUUUAUGUGUAUAUUUGAUGUAUGCAACACGUGUCAUAAUAAUUAAGAUUCUGACGAGAUGAAGAUAACGAUUGUUAAAAUAUUGCGAAAAUUGAGAAAGUAAAGCAGCGAAAGAGAAAGAAAAAAAGUGUAUAUACAAAUGAUAUGACUUUAAAUUACUAUCGCACACAUAAUUGUAUCUAAUUAAUAAUUAUUUAAUAUAUUGCAAAUAUAAAUGGUACAAA